ACUAUUGCUUGUUUUAUUUGUCAACCGUUUUGUUGUCAAGAAAUUUUUUGUUUGGGAUUUUUGCUACACAUCAGAAAAAUUACUAAAAGCUAAUGGAAGUAGAAAUGGAAGAACUUCUAGAAGAAGUGGUACCCUCCGAAGAUCUUCAGAGAUUUGAACGCAAAUAUCAUCGUGAACUCGAAUCAGAUGGCUGGAUACGCAUUGAGACGAAAUUUGAGUAUGCCUUCUGUUUGGUCCGCAGUCGCUAUACGAACGAUGUGAAACGUGGCCUGAUGUUAUUUGAGAAUUUGGCCCACGAGCAUCCAGAUGGUCGGCGAGAUUACAUUUAUCAUCUGGCCUUUGGUAAUGCCCGACUCAAGAACUACACAGAAGGUUUAAAAUAUUGCCGAGCAUUCCUGGAAAUCGAAAGCAAUCAUCAAAUGAAUUUACUAGAGGCAUACAUGAGAAAGCAGAGCGAUCGUGAGAUUGUCAAGGCCAUGGCAUUGGCUGGAGGAACAGUUCUAUUCAUGGCCUUAGGGCUACUGGGAAUGGGCUUGGCUAUGGUCAGAAAAUGAUGUUCCUUCCAGCUCGUCCUGAUUCCCACCUACCCGUCCAGCCCCAUCCAGCCAAGUUUUAUCCUUAUUUUUUUUUGCUGCCACUUGUGCUUGUGCCGAAAAAUCGUUAGUUAAUAAAAAUGAUAAUGGUAUGCAGA